AUGGCCUACACCUUGGAGGAGCGUCAACGGGUCUACCGGACCUUGAAGCAGUUGCUGGAGGGUCGAAUUUUCGAGUCAGAUCUGCGAGCCAAAGUUGAGUUUCCUGAGCUUUUCAGGACAUCCCCGCAACGAGAUGCUCAACGAGAAGCAUCGGAAGCGGAUGCGGCAAAAUCAGUCGCGGAUUGCCUCGGUGAGAUUGCGCGCUCUGAAGAACAGCAACAGGUUCCGGAGGCGAAUGGUCCAGAGUUUCUCACAAGACCGUUGAAAGAUAAAGUUAGCGACGGAGAUAUUGCUCGGCUACCUGCCUCGAACAAUUCUUCUGUACCGUCACUUUAUCCUUCCUAUGUGCCAUAUAGUGCACAGCACGCCAUUCUCACUACAGCUCAGACGGUCUUGGAGGAAUGUUGCUUUGACUUCGCCAGCAGAGUCAUUCCGCACGUCCUUGUCGAGAGGGGAUGGGAUUGCGCAUCUGCGGUGGAGUUGAGCAAGUGGGCGAAAGUCCUCCACGAAGAGCUGCAUGCUGGCUUGCAAGGCCCGCCAGGAGUGUCUGUCCAGUCGGCAUUGAUUUCAACACAUGAACUGCGACAUACAGCCGUCCAUCGACUGCCCACCACAGCUCGCGGUAUUAGUCGGCUUCUAGAGUCGGCCGUGGAACUUGCAGAGGUUCUGAAUGACGUCCCUCGCGCCGCUCAAUUAGAGGAGCUGAAGGCGGAGUUGGAUAUGAAGAUCAAAGCCAUGGAGCUUAGCAAGAACGUAUUGGAAGAUCGUGCGGCAAAUGGGUUGGAAGAAAUACGUCGCCAGAGAGAGGAGCUCGAUCGCCAGGAAAAGCAACUCAUAUUGGACAUGUUGACCGAGGACCGCGAAUAUAAGCAACUGGUUGGAAAUCUCCUUGUGGCGUCAGUCAAGGACAUCUUUGAGGACAGGACCGAUUCUGGAUUGGGCAAGGAGGAGGAGCAUGUGAAUGGGGAAGACAAUGCCAACGGCGCCAAACUUAGCUCAGCGGACGAGAGCGAUGACGAUCCGGAUCUGUUCCUGCAAUAA